UCCCCUGCCAUCCACCACGCAGCGCAUCCUCCGGCCCACCUCCGCAGGCCGGCUGCUCUCUCUGCGUCCGCCGCCGCUCUGCCGCGCCGCGCACGCCGCUUGCCGCCGCUGCACGCCCCACGCCACGCCUCACGCCCUCCUCUCGCUGCGCGAGAGCACGUCCCAUCCACCUCACGCCCGCCGCAUCCGCCGCAUCGCCGCCGCACCAGCGUCGUGCGCUGCUGCUCGGACCGCAGCACUCUCGCCUCGCGCUCGCCUGCGCUGGCCGUGACGAAGCCCUCCUGAAGGGAGCGCUGCCGACUGCGCUGGGCGCACAGCGCCGCAGGCUUCUCGCGCCGGCAUCCACGCAGACGCGCGGCCAGCGAGCCACCUGAUCCACCAUGGCCAUCUUCGGCAAGAAGAAAGACAAGAACGCGGCGGGCGCGACGCCGAGCGUCGAGGGCUCGACGACCAACUCGCCGCCGCUCGACGGCGCACGCAGCCCGACGAGCCGCGACGGGCACGGCGCGCAGCAGCCCGAGGGCAUUCUGCGCUCUGGCGGCGCACCCGAGGGCAUCCUGCGCUCUGGGCCCGGCAGCGGCGGCGGCUCGCACAACGCGUCGGGCUCCAUCUCGGGCACGCUGGCCGGCCUCAACAGCGGUGCUGGCUCGUCGUUUGCGCCCUCGGCCAACGGCUCGCAGGCUGGCUCUCUGCGCGGUCCCGGCGGCCCGCCUCAAGGCCUCGGCAUGGGCUCCAUGGGCCCGGCUGGCGGGCCAGGGGGUGCGUCGGGCUUCAAGUUUGGCGGCGGUGCCGCUGCGCCGCGACAGGACUAUGGCUCCUCGUCCUCGGGCAUCCCAGGCCCUGCGUCGGGCGUCCGUGUGCGCAAGCAGAGCCAGGACAGCAUCGGCAGCGCUGGCGGCUACGGCGUGGCGAACAUGGGCGCCAGCGGCAUGAUGUCGGUGGGCAGCAACAUGGGGCCUGGAGGCCCCAUCUCGGGCCUGCCGCCGUCGUCGGGCGCAGGCAUGGGCCCUCCCGUCGCUGGCGCACCGGGCGGCAUCCCUGGUGCGCCCGGCGCACCCGGCGUGCCAGGCGGUUCGACACGCUCGCAGAGCGUCGUGUACCCGUGGAGCCAGCGCAGCCUUGUCAUGAACCCGCCGCGCUUCCUCGACGAGACACGGCAGGCGCCGCCGGGCGCGCUGAGUCCGUCUCCGUUCCCGCGCUACGGCCACGCAGCCAACUCGCUGGCCAGUGCCGCCGGUGAGGUGUACCUCUUCGGCGGUCUAGUGCGCGAGAGCGUCAAGAACGACCUCUACACCGUCUACGUCGACAAAGUCAUCCAGCCGCCGGGCACUGCUCCGCCGGGCGCGCCGCCAGGCACUGUCGCGCUGGGCGGCGGCGUUAACGCGACGCUGGUGCAGACCACAGGCGAGAUCCCGCCGCCACGCGUGGGCCAUGCCACUGUGCUGGUGUCGAAUGUGCUCAUUCUCUGGGGCGGCGACACCAAGGUGCGCGCCGACGACAAGCAGGACGAGGGCCUGUACCUCCUCAACCUGAGCACGCGCGAGUGGACGCGCGUGCGGCACAGCUCCGAGAGCCCAGACGCCGGGCCAGUCGGCCGCUACGGGCACACCGUGUCCAUCGUCGGCUCGCGCUUCUACGUCUUUGGCGGCCAGGUCGACGGCACCUUCAUGAACGACAUCUGGUCGUUUGACCUCAACAGCCUCAAGAGCACGCCGACGUGGGAGCUGCUGCGGCCGGCGGGCACGGCCGUGCCGCCGCGCCGCACAGGACACGCGAGCGUCACGUACCGCGACCGCAUCUUCGUCUUCGGCGGCACCGACGGCCAGUACCACUACAACGACACAUGGUGCUACGACGUGACGACGAACUCGUGGGAAGAGCUCUCGUGCAUCGGCUACAUCCCCGUGCCGCGCGAGGGCCAUGCGACGUGUCUCGUCGACGACGUCAUGUACAUCUUCGGCGGCCGCGGCGUCGACGGCAAGGACCUCGGCGACCUCGCGAGCUUCAAGAUCUCGAACCAGCGCUGGUAUAUGUUCGCCAACAUGGGCCCGUCGCCCAGCGGCCGCUCGGGCCACGCGCUGACGGCGUACCAGAACAAGGUCGUCGUGCUCGGCGGCGAGUCGUUCACCGGCGGCAAGCCAGACGACCCGGCGACGGUCUACGUGCUCGAUACGGGCAAGAUCAAGUACCCGCCGGACAGCAAGAGCGGCAGCGCACGCAAGUCGACACUGCCGGGCGGCGCGGCGCCAGCGCCGGGCAUCGCACCCGCGCCAGGCGCGGCAGCGGCGCCAGGCGCCGACCCUUCGCGUAACAUGUCGCCGGUGGCCGAGGAUGCCCGGCGAGCGGCGUCACCCACGCAGGCUGGCGCGCGCGGGCCGCAGACCAACGGCCUCAUGUCGGCCGUCGCGCCCGUGAGCUCGCCUAUCGACGCGCAGGCCAAGACGCCGUACGGAGCAGCAGCGCCUGCCGACGUGCCCGCACGCGCCAUGUCGCCCACGCAGCAGACUGUGCGCGAGCAGCGAGCAGCGGCGCUGCAGGGCGGCGGUCCCACGUCGGGCAUGCAGGCGCCGUCCAUCCUGGCUGUGCAGCAGCAGCAACAGCAGCAGCAGGCACAGCAGCAGCCCGGCCCAACACUGCAGGCGCAGCAGCCAGCGCCCUACAAUGGGCCGCGCAGCCAGCGGUCCCUCGAGAACAUGCGCAGCCAGGCCGCAUCGCCGCCGGCGCGCGGCCUCAAUGGCUCGCUCGACCGCAACGCCUCGCCUGCUCCCGGCGAUGCCUUCCACUACGGGCGCGGCGCGUCGCCGCCCGUGCAAGCCAAUGGCUCGUCGCUGGCAGGCGUCAUGGGCGGUGUGCCCUCGUCCGCUGAGGUCGAGUCGCUCCGCCGGCGCGAGCAGUGGAUGCGCGCUGCGCUGGCCAUGGCCGCCAAGCGCGGCUUCAUCGCACCCGAGCAGCUCGACAUGCCCGAUGGCUCGAGCAUCAACUCCAGCGAGGCGGAGCUGAACCUCGACGACCUCGACACCGGAGCCGAGGGCAGCGAGAAGGAUCGCGUGCUGCGUGCUCUCAUCACCCUCAAGACACAGCUCGCCAGCGCAAAGGCGGAAGUUGCGCGGCAGGCCCAGGGCGAGUCUGAACGCCUUGCAGAGUCCGAUCGCGCGCGGUCGUCUGCCGUGCAAGAGGCAGCCUUCUACCGCGCCAAGUUGCACGCGCUCGAGUCAGACAACAUGCCCGAGGCAGCGCGGUUGGACUCCGAGCGCCUCACGUCGUUCGAGCAGCAGCUCUCGCGCACACUGCGCGACAACGGCGACUUCGAGCGGCAGCUGACGCGGCUGCAAGAGGAGCUGGCGCUCGAGCGGCAGCUGCGCGAGUCUGCCGAGGAGCGCCUCUCCGAGACGAGCAAGCGGGCCAUGGCUGCCGAGGGCGCGCAGAUGCGCUCGCACGACGAGCUCGCCGCUCUGCAGAAGCGCGCAUACACCAACGAGAGCCUGCUGCGCGAGCACAAGGAGAAGGUCUCGACGCUGCAGUCGCUGGCGACGCGCCAUCAGUCCGACCACGAUGCCGCGCGCGGCCAACUGGACGAGGCGAACCUCAGCCUCGAGCGGCACGUCUCGGCACUCGUCGAGGUGCAGGCAGCCCUCGCUGCCGCCAACGCGCGCGCGUCCGAGCACGAGCGUCUGCACCACUCGCACAGAGAGCUUGUGCAGCAGCACGAGGGCUCGAUCAAUCGUCUGCGCGCCGAUCUGCAGGCCAAGACUACCGAGGCCGAGAGCCAUGCGUCUCGCGCCGCGGAGCUCGAGUCGCUCGUGCAGCACCACCGCAGCGAGGCCGAGUCGCAGCGCCAGGCAGCCAGUGGCAGCCUUGCGUCCGUGCUUGCCCUGCACCAGCAGCGCGCCGCCACGCGCGAGGCCUCUGGCGGCGCCAAUGCGGAGAUCCCUGCCCACGUCGAUCAGAAGCUGCGCGCCCUGUCCGACGAGGCAGAGCAGCUGCGCCAGCUGCAGAGCCAGUCCCGCAGCGCGGCCGACACGUCUGCCGCCGCGCUGCAGGAGAUGCGCGAGCGCAACAUCGGCCUCGAGAAGCAGCACUCCGGUCUGCGCUCGGAGCUCAGUGCCAUGAGGAGCCAGCUGGCCAUCGCGCUGCAGGAGGUCGCGCGCUUCAAGCACCAGGCCGCAGAGCGCGACGUCGAGAUCCGCGACCGCUCUCGCGCCGCCGAGGCUGCGACCGUCAAGAUGGGCCUGCUCCGCCAGUACAUGGGCGACCGAGGCGUGCCGAUCCCGGGCGACGACGACCUGAGCGCCAAGGGCGGCUACGCCGACCGCCGCAUCCGCGAGCUCGAAAAGGAGAUCGACGACAGCGCGCGCGAGCUGCAAGAGGCGCAGGACCGCCUGCGGCAGUCUUCGCAGCGCGCCUCGGAGCUCGAGCGCGAGCUCGCGUCUGCCGGUAGCUCGCGCGGCGGUGGCGCCGGCGACGAGGAGCUCGAGCGCCGAGCCGUCAACGCCGAGCGAGAGCUCGCCUCGGCGACGGCAUCGCACCGCGAGCGCAUGGCCACGCUCGAGACGGACUACAACACUGCCGUGUCGUUCGUCAAGGGCACCGAGAAGAUGCUGCGCCGCAUGAAGGACGAGCUGACCAAGUACAAGACGGAGAACGCGACGCUGCAGAACGAGCUGGCCGGCGCACGCUCGGGCGCCGUGCCCGCCGGCGAGGCUGCAGGCGAGGCAGCCAAGGACAUCGAGGCGCUGCGCACGCGCCUGGCCGAUGUGACACGGCAGAGCGAGGAGAUUGCGCUCGAGAACCGCGAGCUUGAGCGGAGACUUGCGUCGCUCAUCAGCGAGCAGAAGGAUACGCACGACCGCUCGCGCGACCUGCAGGACACGAACGCCGACGCCGCCCGCCGGCAACACGAGCUCGAGGACGAGAUCGCACGGCUCGAGUCGAACCUGAACAGCGUGCGCCGCGAGAUGCAGGAGACGAUGACGCUCAACCAGCAUCUGAGCAACGAGCUCGGGCAAGCGUCCAAGGCCGGCGGCGCGCUGUCGGGCUCGAGCACGGCGGCCAUCUCGCGCGACCUCUCGGCGGCGCAGGCGGCCAACGAGCAGCUGCGGGCCGAGAACGGCAGCCUGGCGCAGCGGCUGCAGGACACAGAAGACAAGCUCGGCCUGCUGCUCGGCAACAUGGAGGGCUCGCACGGCUCGGACCACCAGGCGCGCGACUCGCAGGCCUUCUCCAUCACGUCUGAGCUCGACCGGUGGGAGGGCCAGCAGCCGCCGGCAUAGCCGAUGCCACUCGUUCUCGCCUCCGGACCACAGUGGACGGCCCUCUCUCCCUCUUCGGAUUCUUCCGCCCUCUUCACGCACCCCGCCGCGCCGGUCUCCUCACCGGCGCAGCUGUAACGUUGCCCUUGCUCCACCUCUACGCUCCCGUACGACCCCGCCUGGCACGACGCGCGCCCCGUGCUCCCGCCCCUCUUCCCUCUACUCCCCCUACCCACAAAACGCCCGCUUCCCUCCCUCCCUGUAAACGCCCCCGUGCCGUGUGACCAGCUGCGUGCUGAAUGACAUUCUGCGCCGAC